AUGGCCAGUCGUUUUUGUGGCGUGUUCGCAAGUUCAGUUCAGUCCGGUUUUUUGCCCCCAAAACGCGCAACCGUGGACCGCAACCGGUCUAGGACCGACCCAGAUAUUGAGGGAACCGAACCGAACCACCUAGGACCGGUCUAUUUCGGUCUAUGGAGCCGGUUCAGACCGAUCCAGACCGGUUUUUUUGCGUAUAAUUUAUUAUACCAAUAUAAACCAUUUGUAUCUUGA